UGGUCGGUUGCUGUUCCCGCCCCCGUCCAGGACCCAUUUUUCUGCGGGGAGUUGAAACCCUAAAGGUAGCAGGGUUGCGGGUGGUGUUUGUAACGGUGCUGACGACGGUGACCGGUUAGAGAACUCAGUUACAAUGGGGAACAUGCUUGAAAAGCUAUUUAAAAGUGUGUUUGGAAAAAAAGAGAUGCGGAUUCUUAUGGUGGGUUUAGAUGCAGCUGGAAAAACCACCAUCUUGUAUAAAUUAAAACUGGGAGAGAUUGUGACAACCAUCCCUACAAUAGGUAUUUCUUUCCAUCUUCCCCAUUUACGUUUUAAUGUGGAGACAGUAGAAUAUAAAAAUAUCAGCUUCACAGUCUGGGAUGUUGGUGGCCAAGAUAAGAUCAGACCUUUGUGGCGACAUUACUUCCAGAACACCCAAGGUCUGAUUUUUGUCGCUGACAGCAACGACCGAGAGCGGGUCAGCGAAGCCCGGGAAGAGCUGACUAGAAUGUUAGCGGAAGAUGAGCUGAGAGAUGCGGUGUUGUUGGUGUUUGCAAAUAAACAGGAUCUUCCCAACGCCAUGAACGCAGCAGAAAUCACGGACAAGCUUGGCUUACAUGCCCUUCGCCACAGAAACUGGUAUAUUCAGGCUAUUUGUGCUACCAGUGGAGACGGGCUUUAUGAAGGCCUGGAAUGGCUCUCCAACCAGCUGAAAAACCAGAAGUGACCCGGAGUUCGUCCCUGAGCACUGCGACAAGUCAGCGGGCCUCUUCGGUGUGCGUGUGGGAGUGAGGAGCCCGUGCGGCUGGGAGCGGGCGGCUUUCUCACACUGUGCCUUGUAUGCGCUGGAAGAAAACCGGUCUGACGUUGCAAACACUACCCUCCACUUCAGUAUCUUUGAUGAUCACUUCUGCAGUUGGCGGAGGAGCCCAGAGGGCUCUGGUGUGUGACAGCCAAAGUGGUCUUCAGGGUGGGAAGGAGCGUUGGAGUGUAUUGUAGCCCUAGGUCUGGCGUCUCUGCACAAAAGGAGUCCUGUUGGACUUUGGUAUCUUUUUGUAAAAAGAAAGGAAUGAAUUAUCCUUUUCCAUGACUGUCAAAGCUAACAGCUCACUUUUUGGUGCUUUAAAACAGAUGGUCCUCCAGAAAAAAAGGCACUUGCUUACUGCAAGUGUGGAGAGGUUCAGACUGGAAUGUUCCCGUACGUUCUAUUUUAGCCCAGGCUGCCUGGUUGAACAUGCUUUACUUACAGAAAUCAGUGAUCUUUUUCACUAGAAUUUCAGAACGGUAACACUAGAAAAUUUUUCAGCUCUUCCCUUUUUUGCCAGAUGGAGACUGUUUGAGGUGGUCACUCAGGUUGGGGCCGAGGCUCUUUCCUGGAGGCCUGGGGUCCACAGUGGAGUGAGGUCGGGUGGAGGAGGUGAGGUAGGGUCACAUUUGUGUUCUCCGAGGCUGCUGUGCCCACUUCCCUCGUCUGUGCCGAAGCUCCCACAUGUGAAGCCGGAGGCUCACUCUUGGGUGACAUUUCUGUCAUUUUGAACAGCUGCCUCAGUUCACCUUGAGCUUUUGGUUAGUUUCUGACCCCAGACCUACACACCUGUAAGUUUUGAGAUUUUAUGAGCGAGUCAAGAAGUUACUUUGGGGGAUGGAGUUCCUGGCAGCCCCUAGAAUUGUCCCCUACUCUGUGCUAAGUUUUCCUGUGAGAAACGUCUGUCUGGGCCACUCUCCAGGGCACUGACUCUUUCCUGAUGGCAGCGUGUUUCAGAAACUGUUUGGAAACGUGCUUCGUGUUGUCCUCUGUUAAUAAAAGUGGUCUGGAGGUGAGCCGGGCUCCCUCAGGCUGGGCUCUUCUGCGCAGACAGCUGCUGGGCACGUUGAUAACUGAGCACUCCCACUGUUCAACCUCUGAAAAUUCCUCUCUAAAAUCUUCAUUCAAAUUAAAGGGAUGGGAGGAUGAAAGGUAAAUUCUUAGUAAAAGUGAAUGCUGUUUAUUGAUACCAAUGCAUUUAUACUAGGAAAGAAUUUCAUGUGGUGGUAAUGUGGGGUAUAAUGUUUUUCUUCAAAAUAUUAACCUUAAAGAGUUGCAACGGUGGCAACUAAAUCCAGAUGUGAUUUGUUACCAUGGAGUAGUUCUUCAGAAAUCUUCAGAUUAUGUGCCUCAAAUUGGCGGGGACUGUGUGUCACCAAUUUUGUGGGUAUUUUUGGUACCAGGAACUGAACUCAUGACCUUGUGCUUGCCGGGCAGGCACUCCACUGCUGAGCUGUAUCCCCGGCCCAGUGAUUUUGUAUUUAUGCUUGCUAUAGUGUCCUGCUGUGGUGGUGGGCCUCAUUAAACACUUGCUGACUGAUUGGACAAUAAAGGACUUGCUGUGGAAGGA